CAUUCAUUUGCUAUAGAAGUCUUUUUUUCUUUAUACGUUUAUCAUAAUCUAAUAAAACCAAACAUGUCAAAGAUUCCUAGAAAUUUUAAACUCUUGGAAGAGUUAGAAAAGGGUGAAAAGGGGCUUGGAGCUGAGUCUAUUUCAUACGGUUUAUCAAAUCAAGAUGAUAUCACCAUGACUUAUUGGAACGGUACCAUUUUGGGCCCUCCACAUUCAACUCACGAGAAUAGAAUCUAUUCGUUACAAAUUGUAUGUGACAAAACUUAUCCGGACAAACCGCCACAAGUGAGUUUUGUGUCCAGAAUCAACUUGCCUUGUGUUGAUGAAACUGGAAAGGUUGUCGUAGAUCGUUUCGAUACUUUACAAAACUGGAAGCGUGUUUAUACUAUGGAGACUGUUUUGUUGGAGUUACGUAAAAAUAUGGCUGCACCUGCUAAUAAGAAGUUACAACAACCUCCUGAAGGUUCCACUUAUUAG